CUUCUCCAAAAAAUAUCUGCUGGUUUACUGAGGUUCAGGGGAGGAAGGGGACCAGUCACUGGACAUUUGGACAUUUGUUUGUUUUCUUUAUAAUUUUUUUCUUCUUUUUUUAAUAUAAUUUCACUCCACCUUUUCUACCUAGGGAUAAGGGAGGAUAAAGGGAGAUCAAGAGAAGAGGGAACACCAGGUUGACGCUGCUGUGCGGGGGGGUUAGUUGGGGGGGUGGGAGAGAAAAAUGCUGCCUUCGCAAGAAGCCUCCAAAAUCUACCAUGACAAUUACAUGCGCAACUCCAGGGCCAUCGGGGUCCUGUGGGCCAUAUUCACCAUCUGCUUGGCCAUCAUCAACGUGGUGGUCUUCAUCCAGCCCUACUGGAUCGGCGACAGCGUCAACACUCCCCAAGCCGGCUACUUCGGCUUGUUCCACUACUGCGUGGGCAACGGGAACUCCAACCGGGAGCUCUUGUGCCAGGGCAGCUUCUCCGACUUCAGCUCCAUCCCGUCGGGAGCCUUCAAGGCGGCCUCCUUCUUCGUAUUGAUGUCCAUGGUGCUCAUCCUUGGCUGUAUCGGCUGCUUCGCCCUCUUCUUCUUCUGCAACACCGCCACGGUCUAUAAGACGUGCGCCUGGAUGCAGCUGCUAUGCGCCGUGUGUCUGGUGCUUGGCUGUAUCAUCUUCCCCAACGGCUGGGACUCAGAGGUGAUCCGGGACAUGUGCGGAGAGGACACAGGGAGGUACACCCUGGGCAACUGCUCAGUGCGCUGGGCCUACAUCCUGGCUAUCAUUGGCAUCCUGGACGCCCUCAUCCUCUCCUUCCUGGCCUUUGUGCUCGGCAACCGGCAAAGUGACUUCCUGCAGGAGGAGCUGAAGGCUGACAACAAAGAUUUUGCUGUGUCAAGGAUUGAAAUCCGGGACACCAAAGAUCCAAGAUUUGGAGUCCAGCGGUUCCACUGAGAACCAGACUUCCUCUCCUCUUCUUCCAAUCCCCCACCUCCAUCCGUCCUGCUCUUGCUCCUCCUCUUCUCUCUGAAGCUCUUCAGGUUAAACCUUUGAUCUGGGCCUGGAGGUCAAACUCCAGCAGUUUGUAAAAUACAGCCGAAGUGGAAUCACCUAACAAAGGCAAACCCGGUGUGAUGGAAGAGAAACACAUCCUGAGAGGAAGUAUGAUGAUCAGCUUUACCAAACUCUGGGAUAAAAUUAUUCCUAACACACAGUGUUACUGUCUCUAAUGUUGCUAUAAGAAAGAUUAUGAAGUUAUUGAUAAUGAUGAUUAUAAUGCUUGCAGUAGGAGUAUUCUAUGAAAAUAUACAUAUUUUUAUUGAGUGGGAAAAGGUGUUUUCCAGCUUUAAAAGUAACAUUAUAAAGUGCAUAUGUAAAAGCACAAAGGUGCUACUUCUGACAAAACAGAAAAAAACAAGAACAAGGAAAAAAGAUGAUUUUGUACAGCCACAGAGUAAUUUUGAAGUCUUUUUCAGGCCAAUUUUCAACUGCUCUUUGUAUAUGACAAAGUCUAAUCCCAGGAACUACAGAAAUAAAACACGUAUGUAAAUGAGAUGUUUGUAUGGAAACAGGGUAAAAAGAGGGAUUUUGAGGCACUUUUUUGCCCCCAUACA